AUGUCGGGUCGUGGCAAAGGAGGCAAAGUUAAAGGAAAGGCAAAGACUCGCUCUAGCCGUGCCGGACUUCAGUUCCCUGUAGGCCGUAUCCAUCGUUUACUUCGCAAGGGCAACUAUGCUGAACGAGUUGGUGCCGGUGCUCCCGUCUACUUGGCAGCAGUGAUGGAAUACCUUGCAGCUGAAGUAUUGGAAUUGGCUGGUAACGCAGCCAGGGACAACAAGAAAACUAGGAUAAUCCCAAGACAUUUACAGUUAGCUAUCCGUAAUGACGAAGAAUUGAACAAACUACUCUCCGGUGUUACUAUCGCUCAAGGUGGUGUACUGCCAAAUAUCCAAGCUGUUUUAUUGCCAAAGAAAACUGACAACAAAGCUAAAUAAGUAUUUUGCUUUACGUCAAGUUGGAAAAAAAACUAUAAAUCGGUCCUUUUCAGGACCACAA